AGCACAGGAGUAAUUACAGGCAGCACAGGACAGGAGAGGUCUGUCUCCUCGCCUCCACUUCUUCUUCUUGACUUGACUCGAGUCGAGGAAUGUUCAAUCCAGGGGGAGGGAACGAACGCAACGCGGUCUCGACGCGAAAUUGGCUGCAGCACCUGACCUCACCUGAUAAGCGAGCAAGCAGCAUCUGUCGGACAGAUCGGAUCGGAUUCCCUUCCCUUCUCUUGUGUCGGAGGGAAGUAGAGGAGUCGAGGAAGAAGGCUCUCAAGAAGCAGCAGAGGAACCAAGAUGGGGAGCUACGCGUACAAGUACUGCAUGUGCUUCACCCGCAAGUUCCGAUCCCCCGACGCGCAGCCGCCGCCCGACGUCCGCGCCGCCCACCUCUCCUACUGUUGCAGCUCUGAUGGCCAUGGCCUCCGCCGCUUCCUCUCCCAAGUCCAGGGCGAGUCUCCCCCCGACGUCGACCGCAUCCUCGCCACCCUCGCGCCCACUUCGGCGGCUCACGGCAUCGCCCGCCUCGUCACCAGGUCGCCGGCGCCGGCGCCGCCCACGCUCGACGACUUCUUCGGAUUCCUCUUCUCCCCCGAUCUCAACCCGCCAAUCAACAACCAGGUUCACCAGGACAUGUCAGCCCCGUUGCCUCAUUAUUUCAUAUUCACUGGCCAUAAUUCCUACCUUACUGGGAACCAGCUCAAUAGUGACUCCAGCGACAUCCCAAUUAUAAAGUCACUCCAGAGAGGUGUUAGAGUCAUUGAACUCGAUAUGUGGCCAAAUGCUUCAAAGAACAAUGUUGAUAUUCUUCAUGGAGGGACAUUGACUGCCCCUGUAGAAAUGAUCAGAUGUUUAAAGUCCAUUAAAGAAUAUGCCUUUUGUGCAUCCAAUUAUCCCCUUGUUAUUACUCUUGAGGAUCACCUCACAGCGGACCUCCAAGCCAAAGUAGCUGAGAUGCUCACUGAAACAUUUGGAGAUCUUCUUUUCAUCCCUAGUUCAGACCCAAUGAAAGAGUUUCCUUCUCCAGAAGCUCUGAUGAAGAGGAUAAUCAUCUCAACUAAACCCCCACAAGAAUAUAAGGAGUUUCUCAAAGUCAAGGAUAAUCAGAAUGUCAGUGGAAACAUAGCUGAUUUGCCAGACCAAGGAAGCCUGAGAAGAAUAGAUUCAAAUGCUGAUGAAUCUGAUGGAAAGGAUGAACUAGACGAUCAAGAUGAGGAAGAUUCCGAUGAGGACGACCCCAAAUUUCAGCAUGAUACUGCCUGCGAGUAUAGGAAACUGAUCACCAUCCAAGCUGGAAAACCAAAAGGCCAUUUGCGGGAUGCGCUUAGGGUGGAUCCAGACAAAGUCAGGCGGCUUUCUUUGAGUGAAACACAGUUAGCUAAAGCAACAACUUCUCAUGGUGCUGAAGUCAUAAGGUUCACCCAGAAGAAUAUACUCCGAGUGUAUCCGAAGGGCACAAGGGUUAAUUCUUCUAACUAUGAUCCAAUGAAUGCCUGGGCUCAUGGUGCUCAGAUGGUUGCAUUCAACAUGCAGGGGCAUGACAAAGCACUGCGGUUAAUGCAAGGAUUUUUCAGAGCUAAUGGGGGUUGCGGGUAUGUUAAAAAACCUGACUUCUUGCUAACAACAGGUCCAAAUGGUGAAGUAUUUGACCCCAAGGCGAGUUUGCCAGUGAAGAAAACUCUCAAGGUAAAAGUAUACAUGGGCGAUGGGUGGCGCAUGGAUUUCAGUAAAACUCAUUUCGACGCCUUCUCGCCUCCGGAUUUCUAUACCAGGGUAGGGAUCGCUGGAGUGAAGGCGGAUAGUGUGAUGAAGAAAACACGGGUCCUGGAGGACCAGUGGGUGCCGGUGUGGGACGAGGAGUUCACGUUCCCGCUGACGGUGCCAGAGCUUGCCCUGCUGAGGAUAGAGGUGCAGGAGUACGACAUGUCGGAGAAGCACGACUUCGGAGGGCAGACGGUGCUGCCGGUGUGGGAGCUGAAGCAGGGCAUUCGUGCUGUGCCCCUGCACGAUCGCAAGGGCGGACCGGGAGCGGAGCGCUGCAGCCGGCCCGCAGCAGCAGCUGGAGCUCCUCCUCUGCAUUGCGUUCGACGCCUUCGUGCCUGCAAGCACAAAGGCGCCGAAUUUGGUAUCGCUACCAGACAGUCGAAUCAAUUCCAGCUUCUCAGGAAGGUAAUCGAUGGAAAGAGGGCAGAUUUCGACGGCUUCCUUUCCAACUUGGGCUUCGCAAAGGUUGGGGCACCGCCUCCCCCGGCAGUCAUCAUGGGUGCGGUCCCUGCCCCAGCACCGGUCAGCGACCAGGAGGAGGGUAGUGCUGGAAUCGGGGACAGUGAGGGGGUGGACAAUGCUAGUGGUUCACCACAGUCAGCACAGAAAUUACCUGCACGGCUGCUUAACAUCCCAUUGUCCAAUGUGGAGCGGCUGCGCUCAACACUAUCUGCAGUUUCGCUGACAGAGCUCAUCGAGUUGGUCCCGCAGCUGGUCAGCAGAUCAUCGAUAUCACCGGAUGGACACCCAGACAAGAAGAAACUUUUCUCUGUGCAGGACUUCUUCAGAUAUGCAAAAAUUGAAGGAAAGCGAUUCUUUGAAGAGUUGGACAGAGAUGGUGAUGGCCAAGUCACUCUAGAAGAUCUCGAAAUUGCAAUGAGGAAGAGACGGUUACCUAGAAGGUAUGCUCGGGACUUCUUGCGGCGUACCAGAAGCAACUUUUUUUCAAAAUCGAUUGGCUGGAAGCAAUUUCUAUCAUUGAUGGAACAGAAGGAGCCAACCAUUCUCCGAGCAUAUACCACGUUGUGUUUGAGCAAGUCUGGAACACUUCACAAGAAUCAAAUUUUGACUUCCUUGAAAAGUGCAGGCCUUCCUGCCAAUGAAGAUAACGCUGCUGCCAUGCUACGUUAUCUUAAUGCAGAUUCAGAAGGAUCAAUCUCAUAUGGGCAUUUCCGCAACUUCAUGCUUCUACUUCCUUCAGAACGCCUUGAGGACGAUCCUCGGAACAUUUGGUUUGAAGCUGCUACUGUUGUCGCUGUUCCCCCACCUGUAGAAAUAUCCACGGGAAGCGUUUUGAAGUCUGCUUUAGCUGGAGGCCUUGCUAGCGCUCUCUCUACCUCUCUGCUGCAUCCUAUUGAUUCAAUGAAGACACGUGUCCAAGCAUCUACGCUCUCAUUUCCAGAGCUAAUCUCACAGCUACCACAAAUUGGGCUUCGAGGACUGUACCGAGGUUCUAUCCCAGCAAUUCUUGGCCAGUUUUCAAGCCAUGGUUUGAGGACAGGAAUCUUCGAAGCAAGCAAGCUUGUAUUAAUUAAUGUUGCUCCAACACUUCCAGAGAUUCAGGUGCAAUCAAUGGCUUCAUUCUGCAGCACAGUCCUGGGAACUGCAGUCCGUAUCCCUUGUGAGGUUCUCAAGCAGCGUUUGCAGGCUGGAAUCUUUAACAAUGUAGGGGAGGCAAUUAUUGGCACCGUGCAACAAGAUGGCCUAAAGGGUUUUUUUCGUGGCACUGGGGCCACUCUUUGUCGUGAGGUUCCUUUCUAUGUUGCUGGAAUGUGCCUCUAUGCAGAAGCUAAAAAGGCAGCACAGCAUGUUGCGAAGAGAGAGUUGGAACCAUGGGAAAUUGUAGCAGUUGGAGCAUUGUCUGGAGGACUUGCAGCAGUUGUGACCACUCCCUUUGACGUUAUGAAAACACGGAUGAUGACUGCCCCUCCAGGCACGCCGGUGUCCAUGCAGACGAUAGUGUUGUCCAUCCUUGGAAAUGAGGGCCCCCUUGGGCUCUUCAAGGGUGCGAUCCCCCGCUUCUUCUGGAUUGCUCCUCUGGGAGCAAUGAACUUUGCAGGCUACGAGCUUGCCAAGAAGGCAAUGAUCAAGGAUGAGAGCUUGUCGACAGAGGAGAAGAAAACCAUGGUGGGUUCCAGAGGCUGACCUACGGUUCGCCUGGUUAACAUAUGAGGUGUGAAGAAACUGAAACCAUGCAACAGAAGUUUUUCUGCCCAUGUUGCAUUGAAGCAGUAGAAAAUCUGCUUUCCUUGUUGAUACUUAGGUUGUCAUAUUUUUCACCCCUCUGAAGAAAUUUUGCUGAAUUUCCAUUUCAAUAGGCUUUUGAGAUGGCUGUAUAGUACAGUAGAUGAGAAAAGGGCUAGAGAGGCUAGUGGCACAUGCUGGAGCUGUUCUUUUGCUGUCGCUUCUUGUUUGUUGUGUUGUUUGCUUACGAUGAUCCACAGCCGUCCUACUGUAAAUUCGCUGUUGUACUUACCCUGAUGAUCAUUUGGCUUGGACCUGACUGUUUUGGUGUUUGAAAUAGACUGAUAAAGUGACACGAAGAUUAAAUAACAAAGGGUGAUGUGAUAGAUGUUGAGGACA